UGAAGAAAAGGACAAGCUCCACCCCGAAAUGCCUUGCGUUACAUCAAAUCUGUUCAAUUAUUGGUUGAAUAGUCCGUCUGUGAAACAUCGAAUCUGACCGCAACAAAAAUAAGUGUUUUGUUAGUUACGGUGUCAUACCUCAAGUUAUUACUUUUCCAUCACACGUUUUUUUUAAAGUAACUUUUACGGUUGUUUUCGGUAGGUUAAUGGUUUACGGUCUUUGUCCAUGACCAGUUUGAGUUGUUGUCCUGAUUCUUUCUUUCAGGCGUAGAAGAAAUGCGCAUUUUUCGUCUAUUUUCUUCCUCUGCACCCGGGAAUUAUCCAAAAUGAACGACCACGAUACGAUUAGGCAUCCCGAUUGCUCAAAUGAUGUCUUGGUUCACUUUGCAGAAUCUCUGCACAUAUUUACAGGAUUAUUGACAGUGGCCACUGUAUGUGGGUUUUUUUCAGGAAUCAUAGCUGCAGUCGUUCUGUAUGUCUUUUGCCUGAAGCCUAUGCUUCUAACUCGACAAGGCUAUGAUGCCAGAAGACUGUUUGAGGGAGACGACCAGGAUAGGGAGAACAACCACAGUGACUGUGUCAGCAACAGCAAGAAGGGUGUCCAAAGUGCCACUACCAAUGAAAAAGAAAAGAAGCAGCCACCCGUGAACAGUGAUGUGGCUGCUUUUGCAUCACGGGCAAAGGUGGUGUACCCCAUCAACCAGAAAUACAGACCCUUAGCGGAUGGAGCCUCCAACCCCUCACUGCACGAGCACUCCAAGCUGCCUGUCCUCCCCAAUGGAGAGUCCUCGUCGGGCUGUAGCGGGGAUUCACUGAGCCAGGACCAGGACAACGACGACAGCAGCCAGUUCAUCUCCUCCUCACUGGUCCCCAAGAGUCUGCAGAACGAGAGCUUCACCAGGGUGGCCCUCUACCCCCACACGCUCUCUCAAACAGGUUUUGAGGGCAGGAUCAGCCUGUAUUGUCUGGCUCUGCAGGACGUGCAGAUACACUGUUCACAGGUCCUGGAAGAGAAAUGUGUGCUCUUUCUCCAAAUUCUCAGAAUUAUACUCAGCGGUCGUUUUCCCAAGGAUAAAAAGGAUUCAGCUUUUUUCACCAGUGUUCUUCUCCUGCAAGAAAAGGAACUGGGUUUAUUAAAGAAAGAACUGUCAGCCAGCCUGUUUUCCUGUGAGAGAAACAAAGAUCUAAGUUCAGAUCCUUGUACCCUGGAGGAGAUUGAAAGAACUCAGAAAGAUCUACUGGAGCACGCGCUUCAAAUGACCAAGGGCUUUAGCAAGCAGGUGGAGGCCUUCUGCCAAAGCCUCCUGGGCAGUUCCAGUGUUCUCCCCAGAGAUGAGGCCCAGGAUGUCAUCCACACCCUUAUCCAAUGUCUCCUAUUGGUCGAAAACCAGCUAACUGAGACUCAGGCGGCAGACAUGAAGAGGACCCAGGAGAAGCUGCUGUGGUGGGAGGAGCUGAGGGGUGUGCUGCAGGCCAAGCCGGCCCUGCUCCAGCAGGAGGUGUCCCUCAGACAGGACCUGGUGGCCCAAGGCCUGGAGCAGCUGACCAGUGACGGCCACCUGACAUUCGCCACCAUGGAGAAGACCCUGGACGAGCUGCAGACUGCCCUGACCGAGGGGCUGCAGCACUGCAGCGAAGAAUGCAGGAUAAAGACCAAGGAGAUUGUGUAUGAAAAGUGCAAGAAGAUCGACUCCAAGAAAAAUAAACUCCUGAGAACUCACGCAAAGGAGAGAAGCCGUGUACUGGAUUCUGCACAGACGCACAGCGACCUACAGGAAUUUGUGAAGGUGUAUCAGGAGCUGCUUCUGAAGCAGAGGAAGCAGAGCAGUGACUUGGAGCUGCAGCAGGAUGGGAGAGUGGCAGAGGCAGUGUGUGAUCUUUGGAGGAGGCAUCAUGCCACCUGGUCCAAGAAGCUGGGAGAGCUGGCCAAAGACAUCUUCCUAUCUGCUCUCCCUGCUCAGCCCCAGUUGUCCACAAACCAAGGCCAGAGGCUAUGGCUGGAUCUAGAUGGUGACCUGGUUGCACUGCUGCAGCAGGCAGAGUCCAAUACCAAACGGCAACUGGAGGGUGUACAGGCUCAAUUGGAGCGAGAUGGACAGGUAUGGUGUGAGGAAGCGGCCCUGGUGCUGGCCUGCCUCAGACACCUAGGUGAACAGCAGCUGAAGAUCCUUAGAGGCAUGGUGGUCAGACAGAGCUACAUGCUUAACAGCCAUGUGGGGAUGUUGAUUGAGAAGAAACAGCACCUCCUACUGGUGGCGGUGCAGAGGCACUUUGUGGCCAGACACUUCUGUCUGAGGGUCUUGAAGGAGAUGAGGUUGUCCAAGCUCAAGGUGCUGUCUCAGAGUGACUUCAGGGCCCUGCUGGCUCUAGAGGACCACACCCAGACCACAGUCAGACCAACGCUCCCCAAAGCCCAGCAGCAGGAAUCCAGUGCCAGUGUUGCCGAGAGGCACCUGGGCCCGGAGACACUGCUGAUUGGCCACAGCUUCCAGCAGGAGUUCCUGUCAGAGCUGGAGACGGGAGCGGAGCUCCUUCAGGCCAACGCCCAGCAGCUGGUGGGCCACGCCCUCAGCCAGAGCCUCUGGCAGCAGAUGGACCAGGCCCCUCCCACUAGGCCCCAGCCUGACCACGGCAGGAAGAGCCAGUUGACGGAGGUAGCGUCAGAGAGUGUGUACGUGACCCGGGAUUCCCUCAGUGCUCUGGUCACCAGCUACUACUCUCAGAUCCAGGACAUCACCAAGGGCCUUCAGCAGCAACACCCUAACAAGGCCAGAGAGGAGUGUGAACGACGAGAGAGCAGCUCUCAGAUGAACAAGGACAUGCUAAAGGAGCUGGCCAACUGGGGGAGGAAGCCCAUGUCCACCGAGUUUCAUCAGAGGGUUGAACUGCAGAAGAAGAGGAUGUUGGAACAGUAUGACUUGGAGCAGGAGGUCGCAUGUGAAACUCUGAGGAGAAGGAAGUUAGCCCAGGAACAAACCAUGGAGCGAAUCAAAGGACAGUUACAGGAGGCAGAAGAGGCCUUCAUAGCUAAACUAUCUGCCUUAGCUCGGAUCCCAUUACCCGACAAAGAGCUCAACACUGAGGAUGACAUCAUAGGGGAGGAGGAGAGUCCAACAUUGAAUCCAACAUUGUGGAAGAGGCGAGAGAGGCGGGAGCAUGAAACUCUGCUCACCAAUCCAACACUUUUAUUUUCAUGACAGGGAGUGUGCACUGGGCAGUUUUGGCUGUUUUCACAUGUAAUAUAACCCUUUUUAAUCCUCUUUAUGUCCACUGAAAGCAGGCUAGUGAUUGCUUUGCAACGCUUGCAGUUAGCCACCGAUUCUUUCCAAACCCAACAUUGUGGAAUUGCGAUUUCCAACUUGUUGUGUAAAGUCCAUGUCAGAUGGCCAAUGAUCAUCGAUUCGUUUUAUCUAUAAUUUAUCUUCAUAUGACAAGGAUUGAAAAGGAUUUGCCAGUUGAUUGCAGCAUGUCUAAGGCACGUUCACACAGAUGAGCAGGGACCCUGGGCACCUUUCUUUGGUGUUUUUCAGAGUCAGUAGAAAGGCCUCGUUAGUGUCCUAAGUUUUCAUGACUGUGACCUUAAUUGCCUACUGUCUGUAAGCUGUUAGUGUCUUAUCGAACGUUCCACAGGAAAAUGUUAAUUCAUUGUUUAUGGUUCAUUGAACAAGCAUGGGAAACAGUGUUUAAACCCUUUACAAUGAAGAUCUGUGAAGUUAUUUGAAUUUUUACGAACUAUCUUUGAAAGACAGGGUCCUGAUAAAGGGACGUUUCUUUUUUUGCUGAGUUUAUAUACUAUGUGGUGUCAGAGGAAGGCCCAAAAAAUUGUCAAAGACUCCAGUCACCCAAGCCAUAGACUGUUCUCUCUGCUACCGCACGGCAAGCGGUGCCAGAGCUCCAAGUCUAGAUCCAAAUGGUCACCCGGCCUACAGUACCUACAUGUACAAAUUACCUCGACUAACCUGUACCCCUUGUGGUGGUUAAUUUAUUUACUAUCAAAUGAGGAGAGACAAACUUAUCACACAAGUCAGAGUUAUCUCCCAGAGGCCCAUCCUCAGUAGAACACACACAAUAGUUAACAGAACACUCUAUUCUGUUGAAUAAAACAACCAUUUGAUGCAAUAAAAGCAUUAUAACAUUAUCUUUCAAUUUUGCCACCAUACCCUGCACACAGACUCGGUACCGGUAUCCCCUGUAUAUAGCCCCGUUAUGGUUAUGUAAUCUUAUUGUGUUACAUUUUAUUUUUUACUUUAGUGUAUUUAGCAAAUAUUUUCUUAACUCUAGUUCUUGAACUGCUUUGAUGGUUAAGGGCUUGUAAGUAAGCAUUUUACGGCAAGGUUGUAUUCGGCAUAUGUGACAAAUAAAAUUCUAUUUGAUUUUA